CGUCGCCUCCGCGGCUGCUGGGAUAGAGGAGGGAGGCAGGAAAAAAAGGGUUGGGCAAGCCCGGAGCUGCUGCUGCUGCCGGGAAAUGCUGAGCUCUGCUCCGAGCUGAGCUGCCGGGCUUCUCCAUAACCCUGCCCUGCCUCGGGCUCGGACCAGGAGCUGGAAAAAUCCUUGGGAAGAGAAGAUGGCGUGGGAUCCAGGCUGGAAUCCUCCUCCCUCCUGGGUGAGAGCCUCCUCCUCCCUCGUCCUGUCCUGCUCCCGAGCAGCCCUGGCACAGUUAAUCGAGGCCACCACGGAGCCCCCCAAGAAGAAGCCGGACCCCGUGACCUCGGAGACCGUCGUGAUUUGGGGGCUCAGGCUCUGGAUGGUGGUCGGGAUCUUCGCCCUCUUCGUCCUGGCUGUCAUUAUCACCCUGUGCUGCAUCUUCAAGUGCCGCAUCCCGCGCACCAAGAAGGAGAUCGAGGCGCGUUACGCCCAGCGCCAGGCGGCCAAGAACUAUGCUGACAAACUGGACACUGUGCCACCCCUCAACGAGCUCACCGAGAUCCCUGGAGGCUCUACUGAAACUCUCCUUCCUCUCUCUGGUCAUGUCCAGCCCAGACCUCUCAACUCCCUGCCUGUGCUGCAAGAAGAGGAUGAAAUGGCCCUGCAAGGAAAUUAGGGAUCUGCCUUCUCCUGCCUGUCUGUCUGUGGCUUCCCUUUUCCGCUGGGAUCCGUCAGCCCUUGGACUCUCUGCUUCUCCUUUCUGCGCUUUUCUCCGGUUUUGUGACCUUUUUUUCCCUCUCUUUCCUGCGCCUCUGCAAACCCUGUGACCUGCUGCUUCCUAAAAACUGCAAGUUUCCUUCAUUCCA